UGCUGUCAUCACUUUGUACAUAAAACAUCCAACAGGCAUGAUGACAUUAUGAUGAGUCUGCACAGGCCAGUCCCUCCAGUACCUGUCUGCUUUGUAAUAUCCAAUGCUGCAACUCUUCAAAGAACACUGUGUCGCACCAGGCUUCACACUCCUCGGCGGUAGAAGCGCUCACACACAGCCGCUCCUGCACUCCGCAUGUGUCUGCUGUAGACCGGUGGAGGGCUGCAGAGAGGACGGGACACAAACACAAACCUUCACACCAAGAUGGACUGAAGCAACAAGAUGGACUGCUGGAACAAGAGGUAAGUUGGCCAGGAAACCAACAUGAGGAAACCGCCGCUCACCACAGAGGAUUUGCUUUCUCAUUAAGCACAGCAUUUUUGCUCCUGCUUCAUCUGGGCUGAUGUGAAGAGGACGUUAUGGACUGACUGAGGGAGUCAGCGAAACAGAUGAGUCACAUAUGAGUGGUAGAUGAUGUAACAAUGUUUGGGCCUGCGUCGUCUAGCUGACCAUGGAGCUAAUUGGACCGUCAGAAAGGGAGAAAGUGUUUCUUCUCAUACGUUCAUUUUGCCAAUGACAAAACUAGUUACAAUCUCAGGCGGCGGAGAGGCAAUGACCUAAUUCAGAUGAAAUGACCUCAUACUGAUAAGUAGCCGGCCUCCUCGCUGGGUGAUGGAACAUAAUCACAAAUGGACUCUUAUCAUUGUGGCUGCAGUGUGUGAGGUUACAUGAUAUUUCUGUGUGUGUGAUUUGAUGCUACAUGCAGCCAUGUUGCGGCGUGGACUGCUUGCUUGGGUCUCCCGUGUUGGAGGCGUGCUGGUGCUCCUCUGCUGCUCCCUGUCGCUCCUCUACGUGAUGACCUGCAGUCCGCCGCACUCUGAUGACCCUCCGCUGAGCCACGCUCUCCCCCGUGCUGGACUCAACCACCCCAGCCUGGGGGGCACGGGGCCGGGGAUUGGAGCAGGAGCAGGUGGGCCAGGAGGAGCCCGACCUGGGCCUGCUCAAAGCGGUGGACCUCCAGGUGCUCAGUCUUAUCAGGUGCUCCUCCAAGAGCGCGAGGAGCAGCACCGCCUCCACAUCUCCUCCUUGAAGAAGCAGAUAGCUCAGCUGAAGGAGGCGUUGCAGGAGCGUAGCCAGCAGCUGAAAGGAGUGCAGGAGAGCCUGAAGAGAGCCAACGGGGGCCCAGCAGAGGGACAGGAAGCUGGGGCUGGAGCACAGGGAGGUGGUCUCGCAGACACUCAGGGAGCCAAGAGCCAGCAGGCCGACCUCCAGGAUUUCCUGCGGAGCCAGCUGUCGAAGGCCGAGGUGACCGCCGGCACUAGGUUGCCCAGCGAGUACGCGGUGGUGCCCUUUGAGAGUUUCACCCUGCAGAGGGUGUACCAGCUGGAGAUGGGGCUGACGCGUCACCCCGAGGAGAAGCCCGUGAGGAAGGACAAGAGGGAGGCGCUGGGGGAGGUGCUGGAGGCGGGCCUGCACAGCCUCAACACGCCAUCGUCCCAGCAAAACAGCAGGAGUGCAGCAGAAAAAACUCAAACAAGCAAAGUGUACACACCAUCUGACUUCAUAGAAGGUAUCACCCGUACAGAGAAGGACAAAGGGACGCUGUACGAGCUGACCUUCAGAGGGGAGUCCAGUAAUGAAUUCAGGCGCCUGGUCCUCUUCCGUCCCUUUGGGCCACUGAUGAAGGUGAAAAACGAGAGGGUGGACACGGCCAACGUCCCGAUCAACAUCAUCGUCCCGCUGUCCAGACGCACAGACAAGUUCAUACACUUCAUGCACAACUUCAGGGAAGUCUGUGUACGUCAGGACGGCCGGGUCCAUCUGACGGUGGUGUAUUUUGGGAAAGAGCAGAUGAGUGAAGUCCGCAGCACUCUGGAGAACACAUCCAGGGAAGUUAAUUUUAAGAACUACACUCUGCUGCAGUUGGACGAGGAGUUUUCUCGGGGACGGGGUUUAGACGUCGGGGCUCGAGCCUGGAAAGGAGGCAACGUGCUGCUUUUCUUCUGCGACGUCGACAUCUACUUCACCGCUGACUUCCUCAACACCUGUCGACUCAACACGCAGCCCGGUAAAAAGGUGUUCUACCCGGUGUUGUUCAGCCAGUACAACCCCACUCUGAUCUACGGAAGUCCUGAACACGUCCCGCCUGUGGAGCAACAGCUGGCGAUCAAGAAAGACACAGGGUUCUGGAGGGAUUUCGGUUUCGGCAUGACCUGCCAAUACAGGUCCGACUUCAUCAACAUUGGAGGUUUUGACAUCGACAUUAAAGGCUGGGGAGGCGAAGACGUCCACCUGUACAGGAAGUACCUCCACAGCAACCUCCUAGUGGUCCGAGCGCCAUCGCGAGGCUUGUUCCACCUGUGGCACGAGAAGCACUGCGCUGAUGAGCUCCCUCCAGACCAGUACCGCAUGUGCAUGCAGUCUAAGGCCAUGAACGAGGCGUCACACGGCCAGCUGGGGAUGCUGUUCUUCAGGCACGAGAUCGAAGCUCACCUCCGCAAACAGAAACAACAGCAAAACUCAAACCCCAAGAAGACAUGAAGACUUUAAAGUUGGUUGAAUUUGAAUCACCGCAAAGACUGCAGUCAGUUGAAAUAACUCCGAUGAAUUCAACUGAUCUGAGCUACAACAGAGUUUAAAGGAAUAGUUCAACAUUUUUGGAAAAUACGCUUAUUUGUUUUCUUACCAAGAGCUAGAUAAAAUCGAUACUACUCUCAUGUGGAAGCUACAACCAGAAGGUGAUUAGCUUAGCUUAGUAUAAAGACUGGAUACAGGGGGAAACAGCUAGCCUGACAGAAGGGGGAAAAAGCUGCCUACAGUACACGUUAUACAGUGGAAACUGCUUAUAGUGAUCACGUCUGUCCAGGGCAAAUUGAUCACUAUAAAUAGAUGAUUAUUAUAACCAAAUGUGUGUUGUUGUGCAUCAAUUCUCAUGCAGAUUACCAUCUAAUUGACAUUUGUAUAUUUAUUACAUUUAUACAAAAAGUAAUGAAACGGACCAAUUCGCUAUUUACCUGCUCACUUCGUUCUGAUAUCAAUGUGCAAGCAGCACAGGUAUCCAGCCGGAGAGCAGAUGUCCACGAGGCAAAGUAAGGGAGUAAAGUAAAAAACAAAACAAAAAUUCAACUAAUGUUAGUCUAACGUAGUUUUGAAAUGCUUUUCCAUAAGUUGUCAUGUAUGAAAAGACCCAAAAUUAACACUAUAAAUGGACUACUUGAUUACUAUAAGUGAAUUAUUUUAACCGCAUUUGUAUAACAAUGAUUCUGUACCAAGCUUUUGAUCCAUGUAAGCGGUUGAUCACUGUAUCUCGAAUCCGUACAAAAUGUGUAAAAGUGUAAUUUCUUGACUAUUUCUGAGCCAGGCUAUCUGUUCCCCCUGUUUCUUGUCUUUAUGCUAACCUAAGGUAACUUACUCCUGACUGUAGCUUCAUAUUUAACGUACAAAUUGUAUCAAUGUGGUAUCAGUGGUAUCGAUCUUCUCAUCUAACUCUCAGGAAGAAAGCGAAAAGGUAUAUUUUGGAAAAUGUCGAACUAUUCCUUUAAUGAAACGUGUGAAAACUUUUUUACUUUUCAAGGACUCUGAGCACUUUGUUGCUCUGGAAAGGACAAUACGAAAUUAAGUUUAAUUAAAAAUUGCCUUGAGGAAUUCAUCGACACAACUGGAGUUGGACAUUCAUCAACAGACCUCCUGUCUGAAUUCAUCCAUCCGUUUGUAUUUUCCUCAUUAAACUGCAGGAGGGCCUUUCAGAAAGAAUACACAGCAAAGUGUCUCUGUGUGAAAGGGGAACUGUGUGCCUUCUGUGAAUUACACCUGAACACUUGUCUCUUCUGGAUGGCCAGUGAAAAUUGAACACAGGUUUUUAUGUGUAUGGAAACAGAGCCACCUAGUGGACUGAAAGUGAGCGACAUGUCGGUGCGUAAACAAUGAAGGACUCUUUUUAAAGCCUGGAAUGGCCUUGUAAAACAUAUUAUUUUUUAUAAAUUAUUCAUUCCUUUAUUUAUGUUUGUUAUUAUUUUGUAAAUGCCACCAUGUAUAAGGAUUAUUAUUUCUGAUGCAGUUGUUGCCUGGACAGUAUUAUGAGUGGGCCAUUCACCUCUAUAAUGAAUGCUAUGAAAGACAGUAUCUUUAGGUUUUUGUCAGUAAAAUGACGCUAUCGCUGUCGCAAUAAGCCCAAAAUAUAACUAAAGAUACGUUUAUUUUUAAUUUAAAAAAUAAAACAUAAUGUACACUUAUUUGUGUUUUUGUCACAUAAAUAAUUUGUGGAUAGAUAAAGGAAAGGAUUAUUGACUGACUGACUGUAAUACUGUUAACUGUCCUGACAUUGACGAUGACUUAACAAGUCAGAAUGAAACUUAUUGAUUAAUAUUUUUGUUUCUGUCAAUCAAAAAAGUAUUAAUGAGCAGUCAUGGAAACUGGAGAUGCUGUAGAUUUAGAGAUGUAACUGCAUCGAUGGUACUUUAUAUUAGUUUUAAUAUACAUCUUGCUCCAGUGCUUCAGUCAAAACGAGCUGCAGCUAUUUUUGGUGGAUGACCAAAGAUGUGAAAAGAGGUACUUUCUGAAUCAUGUUUUUAUUGUUUUCAAUUGAAACAUUCCUUGAGAAAAAAAAAACAUUUAAUCGAAAAACAUUUAAUGGCUUUGAAAUGUAAAUUUCAAGUUAUUUUUUCACUUCAUGUACAUUAGUUGAAUAAAACAUAUUUGUGCAUUGA